UUUACCAAAAUAUUUCCAAAAGCAUGAACAGUAUUUUUUUUUCUUCUCUAUCAUAAUUUCUGUUUUUCUCCAAAUCCGAAGAAUAGACCUCUGGGGGUGAGAUGCAGAAUUACAAGGAUGUUGCAAUUUAAGAUGAGGAUUAGGGAACUUUGGUAAUGUUUGCCCCUACCUUGUUUUCUUACCAUGUUAUGGGUAUUCACUAUCAUCAAACCUUUAUGGAGUUUCUUCUGUGGCUGAGACAAUACACUGGCCACCAGAAGUACAGAAAUGAGUAAAACCCAGGUGCAAUCCUCAAAGAGCUCACAGUUUAGUGGAGUAGGCAGGAAUAUAGACAAACACUCUCAAUCUCUGAUCUUAUGUGUUAGGGACAGGAUAUCUGAAAGAAAGAAAGUGAAGACCUCCUGGAAAACAUCCUCUUGGGCUCAUACCCAAUCUGUAUUCUCUCACCUGCCGACCAUGCGGGGCUUCAGUGUCACUCCUUUCCAGCCAGCUACACUCCAGCUGACAGGUAUUCCUGGGAUGCAGACAGGCCAAGCAUGGGUUGCCCUGACUUUCUGCAUCCUCUACCUGAUGUCCAUCACAGGCAACCUCAGUAUUCUCGUUCUGGUGGUUCAGGAGCCUGCUCUGCACCAGCCUAUGUACUGCUUCCUCUCUAUGCUCUCUCUCAAUGACUUGGGAGUGUCCCUCUCUACACUUCCCACUGUGCUUGCCACCCUCUGCUUCAAUUACCGCCAUGUUGGCUUCGAUGCCUGCCUGGUCCAGAUGUUCUUUAUCCACACUUUCUCUUUCAUGGAAUCAGGCAUGCUGCUGGCCAUGAGCUUUGAUAAUUUUGUGGCUAUUUGUGACCCACUACACUAUGCCACAGUGCUCACAAAUAGCGACAUCUUGGCCUUGGGCCUGGGCAUCCUGGCCAAGAGUUUCAUUGCUCUCUUUCCUUUUCCCUUUCUGGUGAAACGACUGCCCUUCUUCAAGGGCAAUGUCUUGCAUCACUCAUACUGUCUCCAUCUAGAUCUCAUGAAAGUGGCAUGUGGAGACUUCCAUGUUAACAAUGUCUAUGGACUCUUCGUGGUCAUUGUCACCUAUGGCAUAGACUCAACUUUCAUCUUGCUAUACUAUGCAUUGAUCCUGAGAGCCGUGCUGGCCAUUGCAUCCCAAGAGCAGAGGCUCAAGGCACUUAACACCUGCAUGUCACAUGUCUGUGCAGUGCUGGCCUUUUAUGUGUCUAUAAUUGCUGUCUCCAUGAUCCACUGCUUCUGGAAAAAUGCUCCACCUGUUGUUCAUCCUGUGAUGUCCAGUGUCUACUUGUUUGUACCUCCCAUGCUCAACCCCAUCAUCUACAGUGUGAAGACAAAGGAGAUUCUCAGGGGGAUCCUCAAGGUCUUCCAGAAAUCCCAGAACUGA